AUUUUUUCUUGUGUGUCUGAGUAGAGCUGAGUCAGGGCUGCGAUGUCUGGUCGUGGCAAGCAAGGGGGUAAGGCAAGAGCCAAGGCUAAAUCCCGAUCAUCCCGAGCUGGACUCCAGUUUCCUGUGGGCCGUGUCCACCGCCUUCUCCGUAAAGGGAAUUACGCUGAGCGAGUUGGUGCUGGAGCCCCUGUAUACUUGGCUGCAGUGUUGGAGUAUCUUACAGCUGAAAUACUGGAGUUGGCUGGCAAUGCUGCCCGGGACAACAAGAAAACUAGGAUAAUCCCCCGUCAUCUCCAGUUGGCGGUUCGUAACGAUGAGGAAUUGAACAAGCUGUUGGGAGGAGUCACUAUUGCCCAGGGUGGGGUCUUGCCCAAUAUCCAGGCUGUGUUACUUCCUAAGAAGACUGAGAGCCACAAGCCCAAAGGCAAAUGAAGAAAAUUGUCCCCUGCCCCCUGCAACAAGAACAUCUGUGUAACACAAAAAGGCUCUUUUAAGAGCCACCCACAAAUUCAAAAAAAGUGCUGAAAGAAUCAACUUCUACUGGUGAUCAUGUAUGAAUGGGUGUGAUUUAAACUUCAGCACAUGUGUCAGUGAUGUAGCUUCUGAAAAAAGAUUAUGCUAUCUGGUAAAAUGUAAAAGCACUUGCCUGUGACACCUUAUUUUACAGAUGAGGGAGACUAUAAUGACUCCUUCUACCCAAUGCACUAGAACUGU